AAGAGCCAAUAUCUGCCCUAAUAAGCGAGAGUUCCCCGCCGGCGAGACAGAUGGCGUGGCCUCAGAAACCUUAACAAAAGAAAAGGAGAAGAGGAAGAGGAAGAGAAUUAUUUGAAACUGUUCGUACGACUUUAAACCCGGUCGGCUUGAAUUAUUCACGUGUUUAUUGGAUUAUUAUUGUUGUUAUUAGGUUAUUGGUGAUUGGGUCCUUUACAUUGUUGUUUUUGAAGGGUGAUGGGUAUGAUUUGGGGUUUACUUGAAUUAUUAUUUUGGGUUUUGGACUAUAUAUUUUUUUUAAUUAUGCAUGUGUUCAAUUAUUGAGUUGCUGGUGAUUGGUUUUGCGUUGUUUUUUUAUUAUUGUUAUUUGUUGUAUUCUGUCUAUCUGAAUGUUGUUUUGUUGGAUUUAACGAGAGAUAUGAAUGUAUAUAGAUUAGGAUAUACCCUUUUAGGGUGAUGCGACGUUUAAGCGAAAUUAUUAUUUUUUUUUUUUAUUGGCAUCUCUGGGUUUGAAGAGAGUACAGUCAUUUAAUUCAACCCAAGCGCCUUUAAAAGCACAAACUCCUCUCAAACAACAUCCUUCGCGUCCUCCCUGCACACCACAUUACACCCAACCAGGCCCGCUAUUAGUAAAAAAAACAUAAAAUACCCCAUUUAUGCAAAAACCGCAAGACGAAUAAUUUGCGAGCAAGUUAAACCGAAGUCAAGAGCGCGAGGAUCCGGACAGCGCGAGUGUUGGGUGCCGGGACGCCGAGCUGCGACUCAAAAGACCCGAGAAAUACCCUGUUUUAAGCCGGAAUGACGCCCGAGAAGCGACCUGCCGAGGAGGAGGAGGAACAGGAGCAAGCCAAGAAGCUGAAGGAGGAUGAGGACGCCACGGCCUCGGCCUUGAAGGAGAGUGUGGAGGACGACACGAGCCAAGAUAGCGUGGCGUCGGACUCGGCCUCGGCCUCAGACCCCGAGAAAAAGAGACUAACUCUACCAGAGGAGCGUGGUACUCUUGUGUAUUUCGGGUGUGCACAAUGGGAAUUCAUCGGCAGACGCAACCUCAAGAGCAUUCCAUCAAUGAUCCACUAUGUGCCACGGCGCAUUGCAUCCCUAAAGGGUAUUCGCGUGGCUUUUGUGACCUCACACUGCUCGGCUGCCCACUCGAUCAUCUUGACGGAGGAAGGCAAAGUUAUGGCAGUUGGUCGCAACGAGAAGGGCCAACUGGGUGUGGGUGACACAGAAAACAGAACUGGCGUUGUAGCCAUGGACACAAUGUCAGAGUUCACAGUAGUGUCGGCUGCAGUGGGUCGCAACCACACACUCCUCCUUACUGACCGUGGUAGUGUGUUUGCCUGCGGAGAUAAUAAAUCAGGCCAGUGCGGGACAGGCACCACCACGGCUGUUAUACACACUCCCUGCAGGAUUGACUUCAAGGAGUCCAAGGUCCAAAAGGUCGCUUGCGGUGCAGAAUUCAGCAUGAUUGUUGACAGGAAAGGCUACUUGUAUUCCUUUGGGUUACCAGAGUAUGGGCAGUUAGGACACAACACUGAUGGUAAAUUCUUUAUUACCAGCAACAAGUUAUCUUACCAACAUGAGCGAACGCCCAGAAGAGUUCCCAUCUUUGUGGAACGCAGCAAGGACGGGCAUCCCACUCCUGUCACUGAUGUCCAGAUUGUGGACAUUGCAUGUGGAAGCAACCACACUGUUGCCCUUGAUGCCAGGAAGAGAGCCUUCUCUUGGGGCUUUGGAGGCUAUGGUCGGCUGGGCCAUGCUGAGCCCAAGGAUGAGUAUAUCCCCAGGCUGAUCAAGUUCUUCGAUGGCCACAACCGCGGGGUUGAGAGGAUCUAUUGUGGAUCCACCUUCACCAUAGCUGUCAGUGCAAUGGGCAUCUUCCUCUGGGGUCAGACCAAGCGCACUGGGGAGGCCAACAUGUACCCUAAGCCCCUGCAAGACCUCUGCGGCUGGGAUGUGCGCUCGGUCGGCUGCUCCAUCACCUCCAUUGUGGUUGCUGCUGAUGAGAGUGUCAUAGCUUGGGGCCCCUCACCCACCUAUGGAGAGCUGGGUCUUGGCGAGAAUGUGAAGUCAAGCACACAGCCCAAGGAGGUGAAGUCCCUGGAGGGAGCCCACGUCAGCCAGGUGGCCUGCGGGAUGGGCCACACCAUUAUGGUGGUGCGUGACGAGACCGAUAAGGACAAGGAGAUCUUGGAGAAGUUGAAAGAGAUUCCCCUUUAAGGAGGAAUUGUUUUUGGUCUUUUUUUUUUUAUUAUUAUUAUCUUUUGUUUUACAUUUUUGUUUUCUUUCUUGUUUUUAAUAAUUAGAAAGAUACUCCAGAAGGACCACUGUUGCAAACAUGUAUAUACGUACAAGUACGCAUAUAUAUCUAUAUAUCAGCCAGGUAUCAACCUAUUUUGUAUUUUGUUUCUUUUGAGAUAUAUGUAGAAAGUAUUACAAAGAAAAUAAUAAUGAUUAAAAAAAAGACAACAGUGUAAAACACAGUUGUUGGUACAAACAUAAAAGGAGAGGCAACAUGGCAGUUUUGUAAAUGAGGAAGGUAAUGAGUUGGCUAAGGGAGAGUGGUGAGAACUGGCCUGAGCUUGUGGUGCCAGUGACUCGACCAUUGGCCUGGGAGUCCAUCUCUCCCUGGGAUGCGGCAUUGAGUCGUUUCAGAACAGUCCCCUGAGUAGUUUUGGGUAGCUAACCCUUCUACCUCAUGCUAGGCUGAGGUUUUUACAGUAGAGUUAGGUUGCAUUCUGUCAUUUACAUCUAUAUAUACAUAUAUUGAUAAGGAAGACAGUACCUUGCUAUUCCACAGGUGGCUGAUGGAUUUUAUUGCUUUCCAUUUACAUACAUCUUAUGUUUUUUCUUAUCUUUUUUAAUUUUGUCUUGAGCAGGAUCUCUUAUUUAUUAAUUAGUAGCUAUUUGUAAGUUUAUUUUUCUGCAAAGUUCAGCAUCAUUUCUGCAAAUCUGUGUGUAUUUGAGGGGUGUAAGGAACCCAGAGGUACUUGGUUCGGUGUUGUGAGAUGUGGACUGGGAUACCCUAGUUCAAACCAUGUGGAAUAGCCAGAGCAACUUGCGCAGUGACCUGCUUGAAGUUGUCAAAAGUCAUUUGUUCGCAGGUAGGAGACGGAAAAGGUGCGUCUCGGUUUGCCUUUCCUCCGUUCAUUUGUUCUCUUGACAGUGGAAGCCAAUAGCUUUGAGAUUAGAGCAGAGAUUGACAGUUAGUUUUUUUUUUCUUUUUUUCUUUUUUUUUUCUCUUUUUUUUUUAACUAACAUUUAUUUGUGUACCAUUAAGAUAUUUCAUAUUUUUUAAGAAUAGUUUUCUUUUCUACAUGUAGGUUUUCAGUACCCUCUUUUUUCUUUUCUUUUCUUUUUUUUUCAUGUGUCAUUUUGGUCGCAGAUCUUCCAUUGAUUUCCCCAUGUUCCUCUUGAUCUGUCAAAUGCCUUCAGUAUUUAUGGCUAUGAAAGAUUAAGCCAUUAUCAAAAACACAAUAUUCUGGUCACAAAGAUGAUAUUCCUAAUAUCCCAUGUGGACAGCGAGCAAAACUUUUUCCCCCCCUCACGCAUUUCAACAUGUCCAAUGUAAUCUACAGAAAGGGUUUUGGGUCUAAACAUGACUCCUGUUCCCUCUUGUGAGCAUGUCCUUUUUAGAUAACUAUCUCUACCAUUAAACACAAGAUGCGUCGGGAGAGGGAAGCAAAAAGUAUUCUUUUUUUAUGCAACAGCUCGCGUUCUCCUGAUGGUGCUUACCUCAUUUUUCUUCUCAUCUUAACUUCUCUUUUUUUAUAUAUACAUAUAAAUUUUUGUAAACGUUCUGAGAUAAAAAUAGAAAAUGAAAGAUACACUGAUGCAACUUGGCAAUUGUUUAGGGAAUAAUUAAUAGUGAGUAAAUACACAUCUUUUCUCUUUAUAAAAUAUGCGUCAAGUGGAUUUUUGUAGUUUUACACUGGGAAGAGAGGAUGGUGGAAGGAGAAUCUGGCUGUAUUUAUCAUUGGACCUCGAAGAAAAACACAUUCCAUGGUUAAAAAAUGUUUUACACCUCAUCUGAUUGAGUGGUCAGCUUUCUGCAUUGUAAUACCAAGGUUGUGAAGAAUUGAAAAAUGAUUGAAAUUUUUAAAAAGAUGCUAAUAAUAAUCCCCAAAUUUGGAAGUUGCUUUUUCGUCCCUAUUUAUGCCUAGAAAAGCCACACCAGUCAAAUGAGGUUCUUGUCAGUACUGAGUAACAUUCAGUUAAGCAAGAGACUUCCAACUAAGAAAAAGAGAAAUAGUUUUAAGAAAGAAAAAUCAUGCCACUUGGGCAAAAAGCAAGUCUAGCAAGCCACUUGAGCCACUAGCUUAAGCUGCAAUGAGGGAAUUUUUCCAUUUUUUUGGACUCAGGAAUGUUGUGCAAAUACCUGCUAGUUAAGCCAGAACUUCUUGCGUACCUGACCAUUAACACUUAAGUUCUUGACUCAUUUUAGAGAGAGAGAAUGAGAAUUUUAAAAUAGUAUAAAAGACAGAAUAAUGAUGUUAACAAUGACAUUGAUAACCCAACAUCCUCCUGACCCAAAAAAUUGUCCAAAAGAUUACUAACAGUUUCCUUUCACAACAAUCAAAGACAACACACACUGCCACGAACCAGCACUACUGGGAGUUUCAUUGCGUGCUCUGUUGAUCUUACUGAAUCGAUGGGAGAGAGAAGCAACACACCAACAAACCUUCCAGCUUUUUCUACCAGUAUUACCUAACUAUAUCAAGCAUUGAAGUUUUUGUAACCAUUUUCCAGAACCUGUUUUCAUCACUUGCAUAUUGUGAAACACCAGAGCUAGUAGUUGACCUGCCAAGCAUUUCAUCAUCAUCAGAGAAAAAAAAGAAGAAGAAACAAAUAUUUUGUUUUUUAACACAUGUAUUUUAGACAUUAUGAUUGCCAUUGGUAGAGGAGACUGCUCUUUGCAUGAAACAUCAGCUACGUGAUGUUUGGACAGGGGAGAGAUGUACAAAUAUUACUCGGAACCUUGUUGAUCCUGAAUAGGGUAGAUUAUCCAGGCAAGGUUCCUUUUCUACAAGCUUUAGAAUGUUGUAAGAUACCGUAUUCAAAAAGGAGCAACAAAGCAGUAAUUGCUGCCAUACCUAUUAUCAAGCCUUUAAGUUUUUAUUUAUUUAUUUAAUUUUAUUUUUUAUUUUUUUAUUCCCCCCAGUUGAUCCCUCUGGAUAAAACCGCUUUCAGUAAAUUUAUUAGCAUUCUUGACUUUUCACAAUGAGACUCUAAAUGUUUCAAAUUUUUCCAGAAUUUUAGAUCUUGUGAUAGUCUGUGAGGGCCAUAAACUAUACCUGCUCAUAUAUGUAAAGAAUGAUGAAUGUGUAGUAAAGUUUUUAAGUGGUUAUGUAGGGAUUCUAAACUUUUUCAGAUUUAAUUGUAAUCUUUGAAAAGUAAUUUAUAAAGAGAAAAAAAUCUGCAAUCUUUAUCUCUCUCAUGAUGAGACAUUAUAACAAGAAGAGAAAUGCUGCUUUUAACAAAGGCAUGCAUACAUAGGUAUGUUGCUCUGUUACUUGAUGUAACUUUUCUGGUUUUACACACAAGAAUUUUCUGAAGGCGACUCUUCAAUUUAGCUCAGGACAAUGAACCAACAAGAGAGAGUGUGUGCCUCUUUAGUUUAAGUGGUUUUCAUUUUUUUUUUUUUUUUUUUCUUUCUUUUUUGCUAAUAACUAGACAACAGAGCCAUCUUUCACACCAAUUCUACUUUCUCUCUUAAUUUUUUAUUUAUUUAUUUAACUUUUGUAUCCUUUUUUAAGUAGUUCAAAGGCUAUACAGAGGUAUGUGUAUGUAUGUGCGCGUGUGUUGGUGUGCACAUUGUGUGAUUAAAGAGGUAAGCUUAAAUGUGACCAAUUUUCUUGUCUGUAGGCAUACUCUGUUGAAGGAAUGCUGGUUUACAUAACUGUGUUUGAAUUAGGACAUUUAACAUUAUUGAACCUAUUUUUGAACGGGUAUGUGAGGCUUAAUAACUUAAUAAAUAAAUAAAUAAAAAAUGAUGCAGAAAAAAAACUGUAGUAUAGUUUAAACAGCUUUGUGAACAAAUAGAAUAUUAACUCUUUGUCAUAAUUUUACAGGGUUGACCAAACAGUCUUCAGUGUAUGGCUAGGCUUUUUAAGGGGUUGAGCAAAUAGCAUUGCUCUGAGCUAGAUCACUCUGGAAUGUUCUAGAAGAUAUGUACUGGUGAGAGGUCCCAUCCUAAACCUUCUUCAGAGGACUUCCAUCAUUGUCUUGUUACAUCCACUUUGGUAUAACUCAUGCAACCUAGUUUAAAGGAAUGAAAAUUACUAAAUAUUAAUUAAAAGAGAAAAAAAAUCCAAAAAAAGGUAAUAAUCCUCAAUGAUACACAUGUCUGGAAGACAUAUUGUGUUCCCAGCAAUAUAUAUAUAUUGUUCCAGUGACCUCAAAAUAAUUCAUGCCUUAAUUUGGAUUUUUCUGGUGAUUUUUUUCAAAGCUAAAGUAUACCUUGGCAUUUUGUAUUUUACUUUUUUUUUUUUUUUUUAAGAGAAGUUAACUUACCCUUUUCUGUUCAAUUAAAGAAAAAAAAAAAAAAAAAACAGUUUGGUUAAGAGAACAGAUCACACAAAGUGGUAAACAUUCCACGAAAAAAAAAAAACUUUCUUUAGAAUUACCUUUAUUUUUUUUAUAAUUCUAAUUAACAGGAUUUGAUCUCUACAAGAAGGACGAUUCUCAUUUCAAUUGUUUGUUCAUUUGUGUAAUGACAUGACAUGAAGUAUGAACUCAUUUCUAGUUAGAGCUAAGAGCAGAUUUAGCGCAUAACUAGUCUAGGUUUAGGUUUAACUGUAUAGAAUGUGCAUGUACAAUUUUUAUUAGCCAUUUCUUGAAGAUAUUAGAGUAGUAAGAUCAGUUUUUACAGCCUGUUUAUUUUUAUACCAUGUACGGUGCAACUCACGGACACUCCAUCAGUAUUACAGGAAUGAUUUUUGGCAUUGUAUCAAACUGUAUAUUUUUGCAGUACCUCAUGUUCAGAGUUAAUUAAAUUAUGGGCAGGUUUUGCACCAAAUUAUUAAAUUUGUAUCUAUUAGACUUAGUGUAUUAAUGGUUUAAGAUACUCAUUUUUUGUCUUUUUUUAAGAGUCAUGUUAAAAUAAACUUAAUAUUAUUGGAAUAUGGCUAUUGCCAACAUAAUAAAGUUGGGGCUGCAUAAGCAUCAUAAUCUUGAA